AUGGCGUAUAACAAUGAAAAAGAAGCACGCCGUAGUUGGUAUUUCUCAUAUAAAGAUAAACAUAGGCGAGUUGGAGAAAUGAUACGAGAGAAAUUUGCAUAUAAAUUUUUAAUCCGCCAUUAUGCAAAAAAGUUAAAGGAGUGUCAGGAUCACGGUAAAGCUCUCAAUUUCAAACUCAAUUCCAUAGAAAAAGCAAAAAAUAAACAGUUAUUGCAAAAACAUCUAUCUGAAUGGGAGUAUAAAACACGAGAAGCAAAAGGUUUAACGAUUAAAGUUCCAAUGCCUAAUUCACCUGAUUUCUCGUCAUCUUUUUACUCAGAUUCUAGCGAUACUGGAAGUCUAACAGGAGACUACCAGAAUCGGCUUUAUUUAUAA